AUGGCAGUGCACUCCAAGCUUCCCUUGAAUAAGACAGAAACUGACCAAAAACUUGAAGUCUCAGUUCAGGAGGAACCAGGGACUCCAUCAUCUAGCACCACUCUGGCUUCUAGUGACCCCUUUCUCUGGGAUGCUCACAUUCCACCACGCGAAACCAAAGCUGCCUCACCACCUGCGGACUAUAGCGCGCGCCAGUGGAGUAGUGCCAAAAAGACCUUUGUUUCACUCGUUGCUGUUGCGUCAUUUUUUGUCAUAGCCCUCACGACUUCAGUCUACAUUGCUGGUAUUCCAGAGAUUAGAGCCGAGUUUCACAUUGGGUCUACACUAGCUAUAUCACCCGUUACCCUAUACGCUGCUGGGUUUAUCAUUGGGCCCCUCCUCUCGUCGACAUUGUCGGAGGAGUUCGGAAGACAAUGGGGCUCAAAUGCUCUCUGCUUUUACAUCUGGUCUUCACCCCGUCGUUGGUGCAACGGCCUCAAACUUUCGAACGCUGGCGUUACCAUCUUCGCGGGAGUUCUGAAUGGCAUAUGGAAAAUGCCUGAAGACCGUCUGACAGUCCCGGUUUUCUUACUGUAUGGGCUUGGAGGUAUUGCUGCACAAAUCGUUGGACCAAUCACCGGAGAGUCCAUUGUAGAGGUCGGUGGAUGGCGGUGGACCUUUUGGUUGAUAGCCGUACUGGUCAGUGCCUGUUUCCUCGCCACACUUUGGAUCGGAGAGACCUACGAGCCAGAGGUGCGAAGAAAGGCACUUGGACUCUCCCGACGUGGCUGGCGCAAGUUCAUAGAUCCCGCUUUCCUACGCCCAUUCCAUAUGCUCUGA